CGUUCCUCUGCAAUCCUAAUCCAAUGAGGAAAACUACGAUGGAUCUUUAUAUAUAUACACACACACACUCAACAUGAAAACUACUGACUCGUCCAAUCUACGCAAUUUCUCUCAGCGAUUUUUUCUGACCACAUAAAGUAUACAGUCAAGUUUCCAAAACUGAAAGUAUGGGAUACGAUUUUUGCUACAACAGAAGCUGCUUGAGGAUGAUGGCCGGUGCUUAUUACCUGCCGAAGACAGCUUUGGGCGAAGAUGCCCACUUUAUCUGCGAUGAACAACAGACAAUCGGAGUGGCAGACGGCGUUGGAGGCUGGUCCAGGUACGGCAUCGAUUCCGGCGUCUAUGCCCGGAAGUUAAUGGACAACGCCGUGGAGUCGAUUCAACAACAACCAAAGGGUAAGGUGAAUCCCGGAAAAGUUCUGGCCGAUGCUUUCUUUAACAAUGAGGCCGAAGGGGGAUCCACCGCCUGCAUAAUCACCUUAAAAAAUAAUGCCCUGCACGCUGUAAAUUUGGGAGAUAGUGGAUUUUUACUGAUCAGAGAUGGCGAGAUUGUGUACCGAUCCCCGAUCCAACAACGUUAUUUCAACUGUCCCUUCCAGUUAUCAAACUCGAAGAAUGGCGAUGCUCCAGAUUCGGCGCGGAGAAUCGUCGUCGGUGUGGAACCAGGGGAUAUUCUUGUGGCCGCCACUGAUGGGUUGUUCGAUAAUAUAUUCCCUGAUGACAUUGCAGAUGUAAUGAACUUAUUGUCCCUGGAAGAAGAACUGCCGCCGGAGUUGGCUGCUCGGAAGCUGGCGGAGUCGGCGAGACAGCAGUCUCUUUCGAAACAAAUAGUUAGUCCCUUUACGGAAGCGGCAGUGAUGGCUGGAUUAGAUUCGGAUGUGUACAGGGGAGGCAAGUUCGAUGAUGUUACUGUUAUUGUUGCUUACAUUUACUAGUAGAAGAUAUGGGAUUAUUCAUCUGUAAAUGGUAGAUCUACAC